CUGGGGCAAGUGUCAAUAGACUAGCUAGCUGUGUCGCUGGAAAGAAAACGCUGUUCGUAACAAGAUCACCACAGUCAUUUAAAGGAUUUUUUGGUUGUUUUUUAUUAUGUCUCGACGAGCGGCAGACCGAUUGAAAAUUGUCCUGAAUCAUCUGGGCCGGCCCAACAGUGCUGUUGGCACAGCCUUUACCUCCUCACUGAAUGCGUCAUAUCCCAUUCAAGCGCUUCGGUACACCUUAGACACAGAUGUCUUGAGCCCAGAACAGAGAAUUUCUUAUGAAGAAAAUGGCUUCAUUCUCAUUAAAAAUCUUGUUUCUGAAGAGGACAUAAAUAAGUUUAGGGCAGAGUUUGAGCGUAUCUGUAGACGAGAUGUAAGAAUCCCUGGCUUGCUGGUGAUGAGAGAUGUAGCCAUUGCUAAGUCGGAGUUCGUCCACGAUGAGAAGGCCGUGUCGAAACUUCAGGACUUCCAGGAGGACCCCGAGCUGUUUCGGUACUGCAUGUUGCCCCAGAUUCUAAAAUAUGUGGAGUGUUUCACUGGACCCAACAUCAUGGCUAUGCACACGAUGCUCAUCAACAAGCCCCCUGAUGCAGGGAAGAAGACCUCUCGCCACCCCAUGCAUCAGGACCUGCACUACUUCCCUUUCCGACCUGCUGACCGCAUUGUGUGUGCCUGGACAGCCAUGGAGAAGGUGGACCGCCAAAACGGCUGCCUGGUUGUAAUGCCGGGUUCGCACAAGGGCACCCUGCACGAGCAUGACUACCCGGAGUGGGAGGGUGGGGUGAACAAGCUGUACCACGGCAUUCAGAACUUCGAGCCCAGUCAUGCCAGAGUGUACGUGGAGAUGGAGAAAGGAGACACCUUGUUUUUUCACCCUUUGCUUAUCCAUGGCUCAGGGAUGAACAAAACCCCAGGUUUCCGGAAGGCCAUCUCCUGUCACUAUGCCAGUGCUGACUGCUACUAUAUUGAUGUGGAGGGAACUACCCAGGAAAACAUCAGUAAGGAAGUGCAGGAGCUUGCAUACAAAAAAUAUAAAAUGGACAACUCCGUUUCCUUUCAGGACACCUGGUUUUUGAGGGCUCGCCUGGUUCAGGGAGAGAGGACAUCAAUGUGAUCCUCCGUUCUCACGUCAUGAGCCUGUCACAACAGACACUUAGGCCCACAGGCAUGGUGCCUGGUACUCAACAGUGCAGAAAUGUUGUCUUUGAGAACAUGUAUUUUAAUAAAUUAAAAUAAUAAACCAUAAUAUUAAUUAUAAUGGGGUAAUGGUGUAGCAUAUCAGCAGAUGUAAAAUAUCCUGCAAGUCUGUUUUUUGCCUGCCACUGAUAAAUAACUAGAUCAGUUUGAAUUGACUUAAUAGCACAUGAUUCUAAUUUGUGACCAGGAUAUAGGACUGUAUGAUAUUCAACACAGACCAGACAAAAGACACAGAAGAGCUGUAAACAGCAGGGCAGACUAGCGUGGGAGAACUUUGGAAGAUAGAACAGAGAGUAAGGCAAGGCGAGUUCAUUUGUAUAGCACAAUGGUGCUUUACAGAAAUACGAAUAAUUGAAUAUAAAGCAUAAAAGCAUCAAAAUAAUUCUGACAUGUAUGUAAAAACAAUAAAUUAGUGACAGAAGUAAUUCACUAUAUUAUUAUUCUAAAACCCAGAAAUGUUUAAAGGGUAUGGUCUACUUAAGAUUCACCUCUAUCUAUGCCAUAUUUAAUAAGACCUACCAGACUACCUCACUAACAUUGCACACAUUGCAUCAGAAUGUAAUCAGGUGGUUUGUGUCAACAUGCUUUAUCUGCAGUCACUGGCAUUGAAAAUGGUGAACUGAUGUUUGGAAGGGGAUGAGGACAAAUUAGUUUCCUUUUAAGUCUACAGAAGAGAAUGUUUUUCCUGCAGUUGGAAUGGAAUGAGGUCUAAGCCAGUUUAAACAAAAGUUGAUUUUGUCUACACACUGUUGCCUUCACACAAGGCUGUUAAUUGUAAAAAUGUUAGAUAUUCUACUAUUGUUUUAUUUAGAUUUUUAAUAAUUUGAAAGUAAUUAUUCCAUGCUUGUUGU